AUGACGGGUUCACGCGCCCAGUCCGCCUCAUUCGGGCUACCGGAGGUUAACUUCGAACAUCUCUUUGGACUAGUUCCAUCUCCUCUCGAGCAGGACCCUGAUUCUGACAUUCCUAAGCCAGACUCUUUGCCCAUCACUUUCUUUGACAAACAUUUGGAUGACUCUUUAAUUCUCAAGAAAGUCACGGUUCUACCCUCCCUCGUAUCCACUCUCUCCGAAGCCCUGGAUGACUACAUUUCCACGUUUAAUUCAAAGAACGAAUCAUUCUCUUCUCCCCGUCUUUAUCUCAGCCCUGAGUUCUAUGAUUGCGUAGAACCUCCAAAAAAUGCUGCCGACAUCGCGGAAAGAUAUCGUCUUGGAGCACCUAUUUUUCUACAAGCCGCCUCCAUUCUGGUUAUUCAUCCAGAUCAGCCUGACCUCAAGGCAGUGUUUUGGAUGAAUAAAGGACGUCCAGGGCCACCGGAAGGAUUUCAUUCACAAAAGCAUUCCCUCAAGUAUGAUGCUCAUACGAGAAAGGAUAUGCUUGAAAGGCUGGAACCUUGGAAUCCGGACCAGAAGGCGCUUCUUCUGUCUAUGUGGGACAAUAUCCCUGAACUGGCAAUUUGGGACAUAUAUGCGCUCCCCGGACAAUAUAUUUUGGAGGAUAUGUCGCGUUUGGCUACUCUUGAUGUCUUCCCUUGGAAGCACUGUGGCGUGUCGGGACACCGACAGUUUGCGGCUUCAACCCACGUAUCGCGGCCGGACGUGUCGAAGUACCUCUGGGAAACUGCGUACGCGUCGUCUAGUGGCGUGGUCCCAGCUGGGGUCGAUGCUGCUCAUCCGCGUCGCAGCGAAAGGCUCAAGGGUCGACCAUCUGCAAAGAGCUUACCUCAAGUUGCCCCAAAGAAAAAGUCCGCCCGUCCGUUACAAGUCAAAGAACCUGCCGCCCCAAAAAUUGUUGUUCCCAAAUCUGCACAUGGGACGCAGAGAUAUAAAGCCAAUGCUGCAGAUUUCGUACAACGAGCUUGGGCGCGCGCGGUCCACUCAGACUCGACCUUCAUCAUAUUUGAUUGCGGCAACUUUCUCAGAGUCGGUGUUCGACGGCGGAAAACUCAAACACUCUACAUAUCUGAGUUGGUUGACGUUCGAGAUUGCUCUAAUCCAACGUAUGGAAAGCUUAUGGUAGCGAUCAAUGUGGCAAUCUUACAUGAUGUCAUUGAACGUCUUCCACACAUUGACCUGUCGCUAGCCAAAGGCAAGCGUCUGCAUGCUGGCCAGUCCCGUAAACGGCCACGGGAGAAUACCGAAGCAGCUGUUCCUGUUAGACGUUCUCGUCGUCGACUUGGAGAGGCAAUCGACGAAGUCACAUCAGAGGAGAUAAUAAAUGAACUUCUGAAUCGAAAAAUUGCCCUGCUCUAUUUGCAACACGGGAAUUACCAUUCUAGUUCGCCUUCAUUCUUUAGAAGACCAAACAGCCUUGGUCGACAACGUUCGUAUCGUUACGAUGACUGCUUAACUCUUCUUCUUGGGAAGAAAUUAGGUCAAGGCGCCAUUGGGGAGGUAUACGAGGCUCAAGUUGAGGUGGAUAUGCCCUCUGGACGUGUAGCGCACUAUACAGAAAAGGUUAUCGUCAAACUCGCGCUCUCGGGAGAACAGAAGGAGAGGUUACGUCAUGAGUAUUCGAUAUACCGACGUCUGCUAUAUGGGCCUGUACCCGUUGCAGCCGGGGAUAUCCCUAUAGCUUUCGGAUUUUUCGAAGACAUCGAGUCCGAUGCGGGAGCUCUAAUUUUGAGCUACAAUGGUCAAUCAUUGGCGUAUCGUUCAGACCCGCCUGCCUCAGGAAUCACUGUCUCUGAAGAAGAAAAGGCUAUAUUACUCCGAAUACUCGAGAGUAUCCACGCAGCCGGCGUCGCUCAUGGGGACAUCCGAACGUGGAACAUGGUCGCCGAUGGGGAAGGAAAACUUUCUAUAAUUGACUUCGAUAGGGCAAAGUUCAGGGGACACAAGUUACAAAUGAAGGCUGAGCAUGAGCGGUUGGAAGAUCUAUUAGAUGGUGAGCCUAUUGACGGCUUCUCCGUGACAAGCUAUGAGGCAUUGACAACAAGCGACGAGGCAUCUUAUUGAUAAUAUACUUAGUAUCUAUUCCAUAGUAAAGCGUCCAUCAUCUCUCUGUCCUCCUCAACUGCGGCAUCCCACUGUCGUAUCAGUUCCUUAAGGCUCGGGGAGGGACUGGGAAUCCCGGUGGGUUUGGACGCGAAUGCCUUUGGCCUCGAUG